AUGUUGUUUAUUCAAUUAUUCUUAAGUUUCGUCCUCUUCCUCCUUCCAGUUCAGAGCGAGCCAAUCCCAGGAAAACAAAGCCCGCGCAAGGCACCUCUCCUUGUUGACUUCGAUGCUUCGCGGGGCGAUGACCCCAAAAUACUUGGGACUCUUAACCUAGAGAAGGCCAAGGGUGAUAGGCCCAAGGCCAACACGGCUGACCUGUAUAUUAAAUCGGACAAGGACUGGCAAGGAACGAAAGCUGCACACUUUCACCAUAAAGCCGGAUACCGCAGGGCGGAAUACCAUGCGCUGAAGGGUCAAACUAAGGCGGGAACCACGUAUUUUAUUGCCUACAAACUUGCGCUUGAGCAACUGGCCGAUGGGCUCAUCAUCUUCCAGUGGAAGGAGUACAAGGCCAACAAUGCGAAAGAUGGAGGGGCCAAUAUCCCAUUAGUUUUAAUUCUACGUAACAAGAAGUUGGAAUUCGGACAUUCAGAGAAGUGGGGAGAGAAAGGUCAUGGAACACAGUGGACAGUCGAUGUCGAACCUCAUAAGGAAUACAAGAUUGGUCUGGAGAUUUUUGCCCAGGCAAAAGGGGGACAUGCUAAGCUUUGGUUCAAUGGCAAGCCUGUAACGUUUGACACUACUAAGUCACAGGUUUUGACAGGCAACAUGUACCCUGGACAGAGCGAUCCGAAGUUUGGCAUCUAUGGGGGCCAGGAUGAGCAGGUGGACAGCUACGUUUAUCAGGUGCAGAUUGGGACCAGCAAGGACGACCUCGAUCAGAGUUAUUUUGGAAACUAA